AUCUGCACUGACGCCUCUGGGUCUGAAAGUGCUUGGAGGAGCUGCGUGCUCAUGAAGAACUGGAAAGCCCCUGGGAAGUUCUCCAGAAUUGCUGGAAGAAGACUGUCUCCAGAAUCUUCCUUCCCUGCAAGAGGAGAAUCUACACACUGUGACGCUCAAGAUGGUCCUGAGUGGAGCGCUGUGCUUCCGAAUGAAGGAUGCGGCAUUGAAGGUGCUUUAUCUGCAUGAUAACCAGCUUCUAGCCGGAGGGCUGCAUACAGGGAAGGUCAUGAAAGGUGAGGAGAUCAGCGUUGUCCCCAAUCGGUUUCUGGAUGCCAAGCUCUCUCCAGUCAUCCUGGGCGUCCAGGGAGGGAGCCAGUGCCUGUCGUGUGGGACGGGGCAGGAACCAACUCUGAAACUAGAGCCAGUGAAUAUCAUGGAGCUCUACCUCGGUGCCAAGGAAUUCAAGAGCUUCACCUUCUACCGGCGGGACACGGGACUCACCUCUAGCUUUGAAUCGGCUGCCUACCCAGGCUGGUUCCUCUGCACUGUGCCUGAAGCAGACCAGCCUCUCAGACUCACCCAGCUUCCUGAGGACGCCAGCUGGGAUAACCCCAUCACAGACUUCUACUUCCAGCAGUGUGACUAGGACAAUGUGCCCCCCAAAACUCCCUGGGCAGGGCCAGCUCCAGUGGGGGCAGGAGAGUGGAGGAGGAGACCCAUGGCAAUCACCCCUUCCCUGCUCUCAGGGCCCCCACCACUCACUGGCUAGGCACAUGGCCACCUUCCCAGUUUGGGUAAAUUUUUCUGAGACUUGGAGCUCAGUCCAUAGUUUCCUUCCUUGCUGGGUGGUAUUACUGUUGUGGAACUUGGCAAAAACCAUAUGAGAUAAACUGGAGUCACAUAAGAAGAUUCCUAAGGGAUCAGGGUAGGGAGAC